AUGUCUAAGUAGGUUGAAGACAAAAAGUUCGAAGCAGAUCCUAUGACACCAAUCAUCUUUGAGUCUAUUUAAAAUAAAUAAAGUAGUAUCCCUAAGGAUUACGAUAUUUAUACACACACUGGAUUUGAAAAGAGAAAAGAUUAUUUCCAUAUAAUGCCUCAUGAAGAACCUCACACUAUCAGAAGAAAUGCUAUCUUAAAAAAAUACCCAGAUAUUCUGAAAUUAUACGUAAAAGACCCUAUAAGUGGUGUUUUAGCUGCAGCAAUAGCUAUUUUCUAAGUUACUCUUGCAUAUUAUGUAUAAAACUGCAGCUGGCCUGUUUUCUUGACUUGUAUGUAUGUUAUUAGUGCUUCUCUUAAUCACACUAUGCAUUGUCUUGUUCAUGACUUAACCCACUAUACAGCUUUCGAAAGUAUUAACUUGAAUCGUUUAUUUGCCUGUAUAGCAAACAUACCCUCUACAGUCCCUUCUGCUAUGAGUUUUGGUUAUUAUCAUAGAGAGCAUCACGUAGCUCUUGGACAUCCUCAAAGAGACACAGAUCUUCCAACUGAAUGGGAAAUUAGAUUCUUCAACACUCCAUUAAAAAAAAUGUUAUACAUUUUCUUAAUGCCUCUUUUCUACUGCAUUAGACCUUUUGUUGUUGCUCCUAAGCCUCCUACUCCUCCUGAAAUAUUUAACUUAUUAUUCAUAUUGACUACUGACUAUUUGAUUUUCACUUAUGUUGGUCCAUACGCUUUCCUCUAUUUAUUCAUUUCUGGUAUUUUUAGUAUGGGUUUCCAUCCUUUGGCUAUUCAUGCCAUUGCUGAACACUAUGAAUUCGUUAAGGGAUAAGAAAAUUACGAUUACUUUGGAUCUGGAAAUAUACUUAAUCUUAACUUAGGAUAUCAUCUUGAGCAUCAUGACUUCCCUCAAGUCCCAUGGAGACUCCUCCCUAAAGUAAGAGCUAUGGCCCCUGAAUUUUAUGAAGGACUCCCUCAUCAUACAAGUUACUGGAGAGUUGCAUAUGAAUACAUUUUUAACACCGAUAUUGGUCCUUUUUCAAGAAUUGAUACUUCUGAAAUCAAGCUUAAGAAAGAUUCUUGA